GUUUAGAUAAACCAAUUCAAUUGUUAAUAUCUAUUGUAAAUGAAGAGCAUUGAUAUUUUACCUUUAACAGUCUAACAUUUAACAAUUGCUAAUUCAACAAACAAUGUCUAAAUUGUUUAAAAUAACUGUUCUUCUAUUGAUUCAAUUUUAUUGUGUUUUAUCAUUGGUACAUGGACACAAAAAACUGUUUGAUCCCGAAAAAUGGAACCAGUUUAAGUUGAAUUAUAACAAAACGUAUUUGAAACAAUCAGAUGAACAUUAUCAUAGAAGCAUCUUCUUUGCCAAUCUUGGAAGGAUUGAAAAUCACAAUAGACGAGCUGAUCAGCGAUUAGAAUCAUAUCGACUGUCAAUUAAUCACUUCUCAGAUAUGGAAUUUACUGAUUUUGCUCGAAGAGUAUUGAGGUAUAAACCAUUAGAUAAAAAUAAAUUAAGCAAAGGUCGAUUCUAUCAUUAUAAGACCAAUGUAAGCGCGAGUGAAGCAUCAAUUGAUUGGCGAACCAAAGGUGUUGUGUCAGAUGUUAGAGAUCAAGGUACUUGUGGGUCCUGUUGGGCCUUUGCUUCGGUUGCGGCAAUUGAAAGUGCUCUUGCUAUUGCCAACAGUAAUGGUGAACCCAAAGUACCUCAAUUGUCGGAGCAAAAUUUGAUUGACUGUUCCUUCGCUGAAGGCAAUGAAGGUUGUCUUGGAGGUACCAUGGAAGCGGCCUAUCAGUAUGUACUUGAUGCUGAUGGCUUAGACACUCGUCAGUCUUAUCCAUAUGAGGAUAGGCAAGGUGAAUGUCGCUUCAAUUCGGACACAAUUGGAGGAAAAAUUAAGAGUUAUGUUGAAAUAAUUCCCGAUUCAGAAGAUUAUUUACUAAAUGCUGCAUCUAAACAUGUCAUUUCGGUUGCCAUUCAAGCUACAGCUUCAUUUCAACUGUACAGUGGUGGCAUUUUUGAUGAUCCUACAUGUGACAAUCGACUGGACUCACUUAAUCAUGCUAUUGCUUUAAUUGGUUAUGGUUCAUCUGAUGGUCAAGAUUAUUGGUUAGUAAAAAAUAGCUGGGGAAAGUAUUGGGGUGAAAAUGGAUUUGGAAGGAUCAAGAGAGGAUCAAAUCAUUGCGGGAUAGCAUCUCAAGCCAGUUAUCCGAUUGUUUAAUUGGCAAGUCGCGAAAUCAAAGUCAACGUAUUAUAGCUUUAGAAUGAAGGAAAUAAAUUUGCUCCAAUUUUUUAAUUAGUUUCAUUUGUUACAUAAGAGAUAACCAAUAAAAAGUGGAAAAUUUGUUAUUUUGUUA